CCCGUCCAGCCGGCCCGGCGCAUGGAGAAACCCGGCAGGAUGGAUUGUCCUGCGCUGCCUCCCGGUUGGAAGAAGGAAGAGGUGAUCCGCAAAUCGGGCCUGAGCGCCGGCAAGAGCGAUGUCUAUUACUUCAGCCCCAGUGGGAAGAAAUUCCGUAGCAAGCCACAGCUGGCUCGGUACCUGGGCAAUUCCGUGGAUUUGAGCUCCUUCGAUUUCCGCACGGGGAAAAUGAUGCCCAGCAAGCUGCAGAAGAACAAACAGCGCCUGCGCAACGACGCCCUCAAUCCCAACAAAGGCAAACCCGACCUGAAUACGACGCUUCCCAUCCGGCAAACAGCAUCGAUUUUCAAGCAGCCGGUGACCAAAGUCACCAAUCACCCUGGGAAUAAAGUCAGAAGCGACCCACACAGACUCACUGAGCAGCCACGGCAGCUUUUUUGGGAGAAGAGGCUCCAAGGGCUGAGCGUUUCUGACGUCAGUGAGCAAAUCAUCAAAUCCAUGGAGCUUCCCAAAGGCCUCCAAGGAGUGGGCCCUGGGGCCAGCACGGAGUCACUGCUGUUGGCCGUGGCCAGCGCUCUCCACACCAGCUCCGCUCCCAUCACGGGCCAGAACUCAGCAGCCGUGGAGAAAAACCCUGGGAUUUGGCUCAACACUUCACAACCCCUCUGCAAAGCAUUUAUGGUCACAGAUGAUGACAUCCGGAAACAGGAGGAACGGGUGCAGCAGGUGAGGAAAAAGCUCGAGGAAGCGCUGAUGGCUGACAUCCUUUCCCGAUCUGCUGAUCCCAUGAAAACCUCGGAAUGCAAGCUGGAGAAGGGGCAGGAAUCCUAAACAAAAUCCCAAAUCAAGUACUUGGAUCCCAAGGAGGAAAAUCUUGAAAAAUUCUGAACUUCUGAGGCACUUUUUUUUCCUUUGGAUUUGUGGCUUCCGAGGAAUUAAAGAAUAGUUUAAAAAAACCCCAAAACCACGGAGCUGAGCACACUUUUAUCCGAAGGUUUGGGAAUUCCAAAAAUGCCUUUUUUUUUACAAAAAAAAGUCCUUAUUUUUAUUUCAGAUGUAAAUAAUCCAAUGGGGGAAAAAAAAAAGUCACAGAAAACUCAUAAAAUAUAAUUACUUUUUUUUUGGUUUUCCCACCUUUUUUUAAGUCUCCGCGGAGAAAAAAUAUAAAAUAAAAGCACUUUGGAUUUGGAAUUCAGACUUUUUCGGAAUUCCAAAGAUUUUGUGUUUUUUAAGGAAAAGCUUAAGGAUCAGGAGCAUUCUCGAGGGAAAAAUUUCCCGUGAUUCUGUAAAUAAAUUAUAUUUUAAAAAAUAGGAGAUGUUUUUAUACCUGGAAAAAAUAAUAAUAAAAAAGCCUGGAAAAUGCUGUAAAGACAAAUAAAUGAUUUUAUUCUGAA